UUUUAUAUCACCCUUUAAUUUUCCGUCUUUGCCCUGAAAGUUCAGAAUUAGGGUUUCUUCGGGGGUCGUCAAUUUCGCGUUAAUCGAAGGGAAAAAUGGGAGGGGGCAACGGACAAAAGGCUAAGAUGGCUCGCGAGAAGCACAUCGAGAAGCAGAAAGCUGCCGCCAAGGGAAGCCAAUUAGAAUCAAACAAGAAAGCCAUGAAUAUCCAGUGCAAGGUUUGCAUGCAGACUUUCAUGUGCACAACGUCAGAGGUGAAGUGCAAGGAACAUGCUGAAGCAAAGCAUCCUAAAUCUGAUCUAUACGCUUGCUUCCCUCAUCUCAAAAAGUGAGUGGAAUUUCACAAAAUGCCAUUUGGAGGCGGUAGAUCAAUCUUCACUUUGUUACAAGCAGUAUGAUGCAUCUGUUUGUGCUUGCUUGUUUGAGAAAAACACAGCUUGAUACUAUUGCCUUUUAUAUUAAAACCUGUUAAUGAGCGAAUGGCAAAAUUGGCAUAUUUCAUGGUUUCA